AUGUUACAGUUUAAUAGAUUUAAAACAAAGAUAAGAAAUGCACCGUUGUUUGGAAAGAAUGGGGCAUCUCCACCAUCAUCCGGUGGUGCAGGUGGAAUUAUCAAAGCAAUCACUAAACGGUUAUUCAAUGAGAGAAAAGUCAUUGUUGUAGGUGAAGAGGGUUCAUUCAUUGCCAGCCUACUCACAAGUGUACUUGCUCAAUUCGAAUGUUCUGUAACUUAUCUAUCUUUAAUUGUACAUACAACAACAUCAACAUCAACAUCAACAACAACACCUGAUAAUAUAGAUAAUAAUAACAACAACAACAAUAAUAAUAAUAAUGAAGAUAACAAUAAUAAUAAUAAUAUAAAUACACUAACAAUUAAUAUGUCGAAAUGUUGGGUUAGAAGUGGACCUAAUAUGUGUGCAACGGUCGACCAAGAGGAGUUGUCACGUGUAAUGAAUUCAAUUGUAAAUACUAUGGAUGCCGGUGAUUUCGUUAUAUUGUGUUGUGAGUGGGCAGAGUAUCGCCAACUCUUUGACCAACUUGACGUGCUUGCGCGUUGCUGCAAGUCAGCAUCGGUGCGUAGUGUUGCAGUCGUUUUCCCCAUGGGUGUGGAAGAUGAGUCGAUAACUCAGCUCUCUUCUUCAUCAUCAUUAAACAGUAGUAGUACAUGCUCUAGCAAUGGCAAGUCUAUUGAAUCUAUAUUCGAAGGCAUUACAACAACCUUUCUCUUCUACUCUGCACUGAUGCAGUGGUUGUUUAUCGGACCACCAAACAACAGUGAUCGAGUAGUAGAACUUAGCAAUGUAGUCAACAGUAACUCAAUUGACGACGGUGGUUGCUACUGGCUUGACUGCGACGAUCUUAUCAAAGUAAUCGUUGAGAUUGUAAGACAGUCAUUAGAGCUUGUAUCAACAAAUAAUAAUAAUAAUAAUGAGUCUAAUAGUAGUAGUAGUAGUAGUAGUAGUAGUAAUUCUAUUAGUCUUGAUAAUAGAAUGUAUAUAAUAACCGGUGGUGAAUGUCUGAGUGGUAAGGACAUUGCAAUGGUACUAAACAACGAACUUCACAUGACUACACAGGAUUAUAAAGGUGACAGAGGUGAUACCAUAGCGAAAUUCUACCAGUAUCUAAAGUCACCUAUUUCCACUAUACAAUCACCAGACAUCGAAGUAUUUCUAAACCAUCAGCCAACCACAUUCUCAGAGUUUAUCAGCAAGUGUCAAGCCACUCAAAUAUUCAACAGUAAAUCAAUAGAAAUAGUAAAGAGGAAAUUAAGUUUAACCAAUUCUUUAAAUAAUAGUAAUAAUAACAUAAGCAAUAGUAGUAAUAGUAGUCACGAUAUGACUAAUUCACUUACAUCGUCAACCUCUUCAGUUUCAUCUUCGUCAUCAUCUAAUACAAGUGAUAAGAAUAAUGUAUUAGGAUCACCUCCCUCCCCACUUAUAAAUAAUUGCAAUAAUAAUAAUAAUAAUAGUUCAACAACAACAACAACAACAACAACAUCUACAACAACACAAUCAUCAAUAACAUCAAGUGCAAUCAAAAUAGUAUCAUCACCAUUUUCAUUUUUAAAAUAUUCAAAAGCUUUAAUUGAGGAAACAAUAUACAAGACACCUGCAGCAUCAAAGAAAAAAGAUAGUAAAGAUAGAGAGACCGAUACUUGGAUAUCAUUACUCACUACAGGUUUUAAAAAGAUGUUAGAUUCUCAGAAUUCAAUAGAUGAUCAACCAAUCACUGAUUUAGAUUAUCAAAAGGAAUCAACUUAUGAAUUCUUAGAUGAUAUUCAAUCGAAUUGGACACUGACAAGUUAUGCACCAAAGAUAUUUGAUAAUAUUAGAAAGUUUUAUUUAAUCGAUCAUUUUCUGGUAGGUUAUUCUUAUCAACAAACACCAAUUGGACUCAUUGAUAAACAAUCAAAUAAUAGUAAUAAUAAUGGGAUACUAGAUUUCGAACAAGUUAAAACAAUUGGUAGAAGUGGUAGUUUCUUUUUCCAAUCUAACGAUGGACGUUAUUUCUUAAAGACAUUGCCAAGCAAUGAAUUUAUGACAUUUUCAAAAAUACUACCUUCUUAUUAUCAACACAUCCAAAAGUAUUCAAAUAAUUUACUGCCUAGAUUCUAUGGAUUAUAUAGGCUAAAGGGUAGAUUACAUAUAAAUAACAAUAAUAACAAUAAUAGCAAUAGUAAUAAUAAUGGAUGUGGUGAUAAUGGAAGUACUGGCAGUAAUAGUGGUAGUGCAACAAAUUUAGAUAGUAGCAAUAGUAGUAACACUAGUAAUGCCAGUAGUACAACGAGUAGUCGAGAUGUUAUAUUCAUUAUCAUGGAGAAUCUAUUCUAUUGCAAUCCAACGGUGGAGUUGCACGAACGAUAUGAUCUAAAGGGUAGUACGGUGGGUAGAUUCGUUGAUGUCGACGAGCUUGAUGAUCUCUCACUCCACACUCUAAAAGACUUGAAUCUCAAGCGUAAACUGUACAUUGGUCCCUACAAGAAGCUGUUGGUUGCACAACUUGAAGUAGACACUGAGUGGCUACUCAAUCAUUCGAUAUGCGACUACAGUCUUUUAGUUGGAAUACAUCUGGGUAGUAGUGGUGGUGGUAGUGGUAGUGGUAGUUCAGCCAGUAACACUAAUACUACAGAUAAAGAGAAACAACUGCAGUUGCUCACCAAGGAUAUUUCAUUCUUUAAAAAGGAUAGCAACGGUAUUCUCUCGAGUACGAUGAAACCGAUGCAUGUCAUUCCAAUUCGAAACGGCAGGACUGCUGUGCCACCGAUACUCUCGAGACAAGACUCUGUUAAUCAAGUGCGAUUCAGUGCAAUGUCAGUGGAGAACGAGCUACACAACGCAGACUCUGAGCAGAGUGACGAUAGUAGUAUGAGUGAGCACGAAGAAGAUGAGUCACUUCGAUUCGAGGAGGGUACCAUCUAUUACAUCGGUUUGAUCGAUACACUCACCACCUAUGACAUGAAGAAGCGUGGUGAACAUGCAAUCAAAUCGGUACUCUUUGACAAGACACAGAUCUCUGCCGUCAGUCCCAAAGACUAUAGAACUAGAUUCAUAAAAUAUAUACAAACGAUCGUGGAAUAA